GAAAGAAGAAGGGUUCCUUGAGAAGCACCAAGGUUCCCGCUCCCUCUUAUUCCUACUUGGCACUCCUACUUAAAUCAUACUCUCUCUCUCUCUUUCCCCUCCGAUGUCCACCGACGAUCCUUCCCCCAUCGUCGACCUCGCCCAAAUCAACCUCAACGCCGCGGCCUCCUCUUCCCCUCUCUCCCUUCGCCUCCACGAUGCGCUCCGAGCUUGUUCUCAGGCUGUGGAAUCCGGCGACUUCAGUGGCUCCGACUCGGCCGUAGCCGCAGUGAUCGAUCUCCUUAAUUCCGCUGCUGAUCCGCCGCAAUCCGAUGCUGAGAGUGUAGUUCCAGAUGCUAGGGUUUGUGAGGAGUUGCUCGUUGAGGUCCAGCGAUUUCUUUCGAAUCCUCCUAAUCAGAUGAUUGUUGAUGCUCUCUCGCUUGACCUGCCCAAAGUGGUGGCUAAGUAUGGAGCUUUAUCAGACAAAUGUCGAGAAAUUGCGGGCACUAUCGUCGAAUUCCUUGUGUCCACCUGUAGUCCGCGUGACAUGCUAUCCAUCCUCUGCGAGGCAUUAGAUGUGCAUAUUAGAGUGUCCAAAGAACCAACAUACUUCAUUCUACUCUUCCACGGACUUGCAAAAGUAUUUGUUCAAAUCCAGAGGCAUCAUGUUGAACAAGUAAAGGCAGCCCUCCCCAUUAUUCUCCAAGUUCUGCGUGCCAUCUCUUCAGACUGUCAUGAGGAAGCCAGUGAUGCCAUAAAUAUUUUAUUUGAGGCAGCAAUUAGAAUUGGGAAUUCUAUGCAAGAAAUGUGCAAGAGAGUGGUGGAAGGGAAAAAAGAUGAGCUUCGUGCUAUGCUUGGUCUAUACGUACUACAGAACAUAGCUCUUAUAUCAAGAAGUAGGCAGAAGAGUAUCGUUUCAAGAUGUGGUUCACUUAUUCUUCAGUUCACCAAAUUUCUCCCCUUUUGUGGGUUCUCUUAUUUUGGCCUAAUAACUGGAUCUAGUCUUGCUUCAGCUACUGCUGUAAUCUCCAAAGGUGAUGGUGACGGCACUAUAGAUUGCUUUUCUUUGACCAUGGAUGGUGCAGCUCUUGCAGUGGUAUGGGGCCAUAUCUCUGAUGAUAUUGCAGAAACUGCUGGUGAGCAGUUAAAAUCAGUCCUAAGGGAAAUUCAGAACAACCAAACUGCACGGUGGCAAGCUAUUGGCACGCUGAAGUACGCAUUAUCAUCGAAUGAUUACCCAUGGGAGCUAAAAUCUAACACCAUAGAUUUGUUAUUAAGUAUAAUGGAUGGAUGCAAUACUGAAGGAUCAGAUGACAACUACUUGGACUUUUCAGGCUUUGUGCCCAGUCUUUUUGUUACCCUCCAGGCUAUUGAAAUGAUAAUGAUGGGCUCUUUUGAUGCAUCAUUGCGGAAGAAAGCUUUUACUGCGCUGAGGAGGGUUAUUUCAGAAAUCCCAUCCUCCCACCGCUUUGACAUCCUUAAGGCCCUCAUCAAAAAUAGUGUGUCUCCUUCAUUGACUGCAAUUCUCAUUGAUCUUGUGAGAGCAGAAAUUCUGACGGAAAAGAAUCAAAAGUACGUCAGAAAUGUCAAAGAUGCUCAAUUUGAAAGUGGAUCACACUAUUCAUCCUGGAGCUCUCAGGCACUUGAGUUAGUGGAGUUGAUCUUGAAACCUCCUGAAGGAGGCCCCCCUGCCCUUCCAGAUCACAGUGAACAGGUGUUAUCAGCUCUCAACUUACUUAGGUUUAUCCUCAUAAGAGAAUCAACAGGACAAACAAAUCAGAAAACUGUUCUCUCAGAUAAGGUGCUGCAGAAGGCCUACUCCGAAUGGCUUCUCCCUCUAAGAGCACUGGUCACAGGAAUUGAGGCGGAGAACGAGAAAGAUAACAGUGAGCUCGCGAAUGAUAUUUUUUGUGCCCUAAAUCCUGUUCAAUUGGUACUGUAUCGCUGCAUUGAACUUGUGGAAGAUAGGUUGAAGCAUUCCUAAUGUGUUUGAUUUAUGUCGGAAAGUAUGAACUUUUUUUCUUUUUUGCUUGAUUCGAAAGCUUUCCAUUGCCUACAAUUGGUUGAUCCCCAUAUGUUCAUGGACAAAAGUUUUAACCUUCCAAGUCAGGGCAGUGUUCUUUGUUUGUAAUCCAUAAACCGGCUAUAUUUCAUGAAGAAAGCAGUGGAUUUGUGUUUGCGUUUAUUUCA